GAUUAAUGAUAGACUGGAACGACUUGGGUUAUUUCCGAGUCACCUGAUCGGGAUUUCGGUCCGGAUUCCCUACCAACCAGCAGCCACGACUUGCACCAAAUCACCACGAGAGCGGACAAGUGUUUGCGGAAUAUCUGAACGUUAAAAUCUAUUGCGAUCAAGCAUGGCUCUGUGCUCCUCACUGUUAUCCAUGCUCGCUUCCCUUCCUUGGCGGCUAUGGCUAUGUUUCCCUAAAUCCAUCCGAUCUUCAGUAUACAUUCGUCUCGCAAAGUGGUAUGGCAUCUCAGAAUGGAACGUCAAACACCUUCCCUUUGGCCUAAUCCUCAAACAUACCUACAAUCGACCCCCAGAAAUCGAAGCAAACACCAUCAACUUUAUCCGCAAAAACACGUCCAUUCCCGUCCCCCGCGUUCUUGACGUUCUUCCUGACAUCCCAACAGGAACUGAAUUCACAGACGGAUUGAUCCUCAUGACGAAAGUCAAGGGAAUCACCCUUUGUGACUGGCUGUGGGCUAGGACCAAAUAUCCACCCGAGUUUUACCAUUAUCUCGCUCUCCUUCAAGGUCCUUCCCACAUGCGAGGCACACAGAGCCUCAAGGAAAUUUCUGAAAUUCUUCGCACCUUUGAUUAUACCCUCGAUCUCUCGGAUGCUCCGCUUAUCAGCGACUUGAGACAGGCUCUCACAGAACUUCGUUCCCUUCCUCCUCCCUCUUCGGGUGAGGUGUCUGGUCCUAAUGGUUCGCCAUUCGUAUACAUGCGUUGUUCAGAUCGCCGCGUGUUUCAGCCUUUCAAAAGCAUCCGUGCUUUCCAUGACAUGCUCCUUGCAGAAGUGUCAUGUGAAAGUCGCAUGCCUCGGUUGCUCCAGCUCGCCUCUCCUGUAUAUGAUAAGCCCCAUAAACUUUGUUUUUCUCACUGCGAUCUCCACAAAACAAAUAUCAUCUUCAGUGAGGAAGGUCGGUUGGCAGCUAUCAUCGAUUGGGAAGCGGCAGGGUGGUUUCCUGAGUAUUGGGAGUGUACGAUGACGGAGAGGCUGAGUAUGGGAUCGGAAGUGAUGCACACGUUUUGGAACGCCGUUGGUGUUCUUGGAAAUGGCCUCUAUGAUAAGGAAUUGGAACUGGAGGAGGCCCUCUGGCGUAGUACUGGAGACCUGGCUAUUCCUCCCGGCGUUAUCCCCGACGAUCCUCUCGAUGUACCUCUUGAUGAUGCCAUAUGACUUAAUUCGAACCCUGACAUCAAGUUUUACUUUCUAAUCUGUUCAAGGAACGUGUGGGCCAUUUCAUAGACACGGGCUCCAACGCAUGCAUUUGAAUGGCAGAAAGGGUUUACAUCCGUGCUAUGAAAUAAACGAGCACGUAAGUAAAUCCAUAUGAGAACCCAAACGACGAUCUAUUGUCGCCUCGUAAUAAUCUCACGCAUUUCAAGUUAGUAUUAGUAGAAGUUUCAUGCAGCCGAUAAUUACGAACCUUCAAGAAGUACUUGCAAUAACUUGUUGGAGAUUAACCUUCGCAACGGCGCUUAUGGGCAUUACCUUGACGUAAACGAAGAUGACUUCCACCAUUGCCUUUAGCCCAAUGACCUC